UUUACCUAUCAUGGUUUUUUUUUUUGUAUUUUUUGGUUGUCCUUUUAACCCUUCCAGUGCUCUGGCUCGGAGUGCAGCUGGCGGCUGGCUAGAAGGAGGGGAGGGAUGCGAGAGAGGCAGGCAUUAGGGCUCCGGGGAAAUCUUUAAACUGUUCUCUCUCUCGCUCUCUCUCAAUCCUUUCUCGAUCAGUUAAAGCCACUUCAGUUCGGAGCGCAGCAUCUGAGCAACAGCAGCUGUGUGUGUAGCUUGCUCACCUUCUGCAUCUGCCACUACUGCCCCUCUGCCACCCUGCCCUGUCACUUACCUCUGCAAACAUGCCAAUAGGAUGUUAACCCCCCUGAGACAUUUGCCAGCCUGGCACUCUUGGGUUUCCCUCUCCAGGUUACAAUGAAUGAGGCUGCCUGUCUGCUUAUCUUUCUUCUUCAGCUCUUUCCUGCAGCCGGAGGGGAGGUAUUUGCAGGUGGCUGUACGUUUGAGGAGCAUUACAGCAGUUGUGGAUACAGCGUGGCUCUGGGUACCAAUGGGUUUACAUGGGAGCAGGUGAAUACAUGGGAGAGACCACCAAUGGAUGCCACGGUACCAACAGGCUCCUUCAUGCUUGUAAACAGCUCUGGGUUUGCUUCUGGUCAAAAAGCCCACCUCCUCCUCCCUGUGCUCAAAGAGAAUGACACUCACUGCAUAGACUUCCACUACCACAUGUCUGGUCGUACCAGCCCUGGUGCCCUCAAUGUCUAUGUGAAGGUGAAUGGUGGACCCCAGGGAAAUCCAGUGUGGAAUGUAUCUGGGGUAGUGACUGAGGGCUGGGUCCGGGCUGAACUAGCAAUCAGCACAUUUUGGCCCAAUUUCUACCAGAUCAUUUUUGAAGCUGUCUCCGUGAAGGAUCACUCCGGGUACAUCGCUGUGGAUGAGGUCCGCGUUCUGGCUCAUCCUUGCCGGAACGCUCCACAUUUCCUGCGCUUGCAAAACGUGGAAGUUAACGUCGGCCAGAAUGCUACUUUCCAAUGCAUCGCCGGAGGCAAGUGGUCGCAACAUGACAAGCUGUGGCUGCAGCAGUGGAAUGGCCGUGACACAGCCCUCAUGGUGACACGUGUGGUAAAUCACAGGCGGUUUUCAGCCACGGUCAGUGUCGGGGAAACGUCUCAACGCAGUAUCAGCAAAUAUCGUUGUGUCUUGAGGUCAACAGGAGGCUCGGGAGUCUCCAACUAUGCAGAACUUAUUGUGAAAGAGCCUCCAACCCCGAUUGCUCCUCCAGAGCUUCUGGCAGUGGGAGCCACUUACCUGUGGAUCAAACCAAAUGCAAACUCUAUCAUUGGGGAUGGGCCAAUUGUGCUGAAAGAGGUUGAGUAUCGAACCACAUCAGGAAGCUGGGCCGAGACCCAUGUCAUGGAUGGACCGACUUACAAACUGUGGCACUUGGACCCAGACGUUGAGUAUGAGAUACGUGUCCUUUUGACUCGUCCAGGAGAAGGAGGGACGGGACCACCAGGUCCUCCACUCACCACAAGAACCAAAUGUGCAGACCCAGUGCAUGGGCCCCAGAAUGUAGAGCUGGUCGACAUCCGUGCCCGCCAACUGACCCUGCAGUGGGAGCCGUUUGGUUAUUCAGUCACUCGGUGCCACAGCUACAACCUGACCCUGCACUACAGCUUCCGGCUAGGGGAGGAACGAGUGGAGGCUGAGGAGCUGAUUUUGACCUCCAGCCAUUACACGCUACGUGGCCUUAGGCCCCAUACAGCUGUUUACUUGCGCCUUGCUCUCUGCAACCCUGAGGGCAGAAAAGAAAGUGGAGAGAUUGUGGUGCACACAGAGGAAGAUGUACCUGCACCUGUCCCUCUAGAGUCUAUUCAAGGUGGGCCUUUUGAAGAGAAGAUUUACUUACAGUGGAAAGCUCCAAAUGAGACAAAUGGGGUCAUCUCCAUGUAUGAGAUCUCCUAUAAGGCAGUGGGCUCUCUUGAUCCCAGUGCAGAUCUAUCCAAUCAAAAGGGACGGAUCUUCAAGCUGCGCAAUGAAACUCACCAUCUCUUUGUGGGACUCUAUCCUGGAUCUACCUACUCCUUCACCAUCAGAGCCAGCACAAGCAAGGGAUUUGGACCCCCUGUGACUGCCCGCAUUGCCACCAAAAUAUCAGCUCCUUCCAUGAUCGAUUCUGAAGCAGAGGUUCCUCUUAAUGAAACAGAAACCACCAUCACGGUUUGGCUGAAACCAGCACAGUCCCGAGGUGCCCCUGUGAGUGUGUACCAGCUGGUGGUGAAAGAAGAACGGGCCCAGAGGUCAGGGCGGGCAGCAGAUGGCAGUGGGUGCUUCCCUGUGCCAGUGGGUUACCGGAAUGCCUCAGCACUGGAAUCUGCUCAUUACUUUGCAGCAGAACUGAAGCCAGCACAGUUGGCUGUCACACAACCCUUUACAGUUGGAGACAACAAGACCUACAAUGGAUACUGGAAUGCUCCUCUUUCGCCAGUGAAGAGCUAUAGCAUAUACUUCCAGGCACUCAGUACUGCCAACGGGGAGACAAAGAUCAGCUGUGUCCGCCUAGCAUCCAAAGCGGUAACUGCCGACCUUCUUCCCGCCACCCGCCACCCCCCAAGCCAGCCAGUAACAGGAGCCUCUACGCAGAACACCAACACUGUGGAGCCUGAGAAACCAUCUGACAGCACAGUGCAGACCGCUGGGGUUAUUGCCGGAAUGCUAAUGUUCAUUAUUAUCCUCCUUGGAGCCAUGAUGACUAUCAAAAGAAGAAGCAUUUUGACUCAUUGUAACAGGUCAAAGAUGAGGACUCGAGGGCAUUGGUUGACUACGCUGGAUCCAGGAAAAAGAAGAAAUGUGUACUCCUAUUCAUACUAUCUGAAACUGGCCAAAAAGCAAAAGGAGUCCCAAAGUGGAUCACAGAGAGAGAUGGGUCUUGUGGCUUCAGAUAAAAGUUCCAGCAAACUGAGUUCAACUCGAAAUGAAGACACCUUCUCAAGUUGUCAGGACGUGAACGGAUUCAGCACCUCCUCUCCCUGCUCCUUCUCCGUACAAAGCAAAAACCUGCAGGGAAAAUCCCUGCUCAAUUCAUGCUAUUCAGUCUCCUCUGACACAGUGCCCUCCUCAACUCUUCUAGACAACAGCCAUGUAGAGAUGAACCAGCCUACAUUAACUAUACAGACCCAUCCAUACAGGACGUGUGAGCCACUUGAAAUGGCAUAUCCCCGUGGACAGCUCCAGCCAGCCAUCAGAGUGGCAGACCUUCUUCAGCAUAUAACCCAGAUGAAAAGGGGACAGGGCUAUGGCUUUAAAGAGGAGUAUGAGGCACUCCCUGAGGGACAAACUGCAUCCUGGGAUACUGCCAAGGAAGAUGAGAACCGUAAUAAAAACCGUUAUGGAAAUAUUAUAUCAUAUGAUCACUCUCGGGUGCGACUCCAGCAGAUAGAUGGGGACCCUCACUCCGAUUACAUCAACGCUAACUAUGUGGAUGGUUACCAUCGUCCUCGACACUACAUUGCUACACAAGGUCCCAUGCAGGAGACAGUAAAGGAUUUCUGGAGAAUGGUCUGGCAGGAGAACUCCAUCAGCGUGGUCAUGGUGACAAACCUCGUAGAAGUGGGACGGGUGAAGUGUGUCAGGUACUGGCCUGAUGACACCGAAGUCUAUGGUGAUAUCAAAGUGUCUCUGAUAGAGACAGAGCCAUUGGCUGAGUAUGUCAUCCGGACAUUCACAGUUCAGAAGAAAGGUUCCCAUGAGAUCCGAGAGAUCCGCCAGUUCCACUUCACUAGCUGGCCGGACCAUGGUGUACCAUGCUAUGCCACCGGCCUGUUAGGUUUCGUAAGGCAGGUGAAAUUCCUCAACCCACCGGACGCUGGACCCAUCACUGUGCAUUGCAGUGCUGGCGCUGGACGGACUGGCUGCUUUAUAGCGAUUGACAUCAUGCUCGAUAUGGCAGAGAAUGAGGGAGUGGUGGACAUAUUCAACUGUGUGCGAGAGCUCCGUGCACAAAGAGUCAACAUGGUGCAGACUGAGGAGCAGUAUGUUUUCGUUCAUGAUGCCAUUCUGGAAGCCUGUCUAUGUGGUAACACCGCAAUUCCCGUGUGUGAAUUUCGCUCUGUCUACUACAACAUUAGUCGAAUGGACCCACAGACCAACUGUAGCCAGAUCAAAGAUGAGUUUCAGACCUUGAACAUUGUGACUCCGAGAGCCAGACCAGAGGACUGCAGCAUUGGGCUUUUACCACGUAACCAUGACAAGAACCGUGCUCUCGAUGUUUUGCCCCUGGACCGGUGCCUGCCUUUCCUUAUCUCACUGGAUGGAGAGACUAGUAAUUACAUCAAUGCUACUCUAAUGGAUAGUCAUAAAAAACCAGCUGCAUUCUUGGUCACACAACAUCCGUUACCCAAUACGGUGGCAGAUUUCUGGAGGUUGGUGUUUGACUACAACUGUUCCUCUGUCGUCAUGCUGAAUGAGAUGGAUGCAGCACAGCUCUGUCUCCAGUACUGGCCGGAGAAGACAUCCUGUUGUUACGGUCCUGUGCAGGUGGAAUUUGUCUCAGCCGAUAUUGAUGAAGAUGCAAUCAGUAGGAUAUUCCGAAUUUGUAACAUGGCCAGGCCACAGGACGGUUACCGCAUUGUGCAACACCUCCAGUACAUAGGCUGGCCAGCCUACAGGGACACUCCUCCAUCAAAACGCUCCAUACUAAAAGUGGUCCAGCGACUGGAGAAGUGGCAAGAGCAGUACGAUGGGAGAGAAGGCAGGACGGUUGUACACUGCCUGAAUGGUGGAGGUCGCAGUGGAACAUUCUGUGCUAUCUGCAGCGUUUGUGAGAUGAUCCAGCAGCAGAACAUCAUUGACGUAUUUCAUACUGUGAAAACCCUACGGAAUAACAAGGCCAACAUGGUGGAGACGCUGGAGCAGUAUAAAUAUGUAUAUGAAGUUGCCUUGGAAUACCUGAGUUCCUUCUGAGUCAUUUUCCUGUGGGGGAGGAUGAUGUUUGCGAAGAUGACCUCUGGCCCAUGGCAGGUCCUGUGUGGCUGAGAUGCUGUAUGCAUGGUGACAGUGGCUUGCCAGAAGUCACUGAGAUUGAGAGCCUGCCCUGUAGAGAGAGGUCACAUAUUAACCCAGUUUGGGUCCAAACGUUGACUCCUGUGAGAAGCAUCUGCAGCUUCAAAGAAAUAUUUGCAGAAGGCAACCCACAGAAAGCACAUUGAGCAGUAAUGCCUCUUAAUUUCACAAACCUUUUCUUUCUUUAGCACUGGACAUUUUAUCUUGGUGCUGACUCGUUCUGCCCAGCUCUUUGGACACACUCAAUCAUUUUUCUCUGCUAAUGUAUUUUUCAUACCCUCUUCUACUUCCCAUCAUAUGCCUUACCCUCUUCUGGCCACCUAUGUCCAAUAUGGUCUAUAUACAAUUAUUUCCAUUGACUGGGACACUGAAUUAUCAUAGAGAAACUACACACCAGAUGCAGACCUCCAGCCAUUUUCUUAAAAUGUUUGUCCGUCAUAAAAAUACACCCAUACAUUGCUCCACUGCCAGAGGCACUAUUAAGUGUAAAGGAUGUCUCUCUUAAAGUCUCCUCUGUGAGUUUGGUCCCCGUCAUACUUCUACAAGCAAGAGUCCUUCUGCAUCAUUUGCAGCUCAGGACUCCAGGGUACAGGUGAUGUGGUCUUGUCUACUUUAUAAUGAUGCGUCUUUAUUUAUUGCUGUAAAUGUUUUGGGGUGGGUGAGAGCCGUUUGUAUUUUGGGGGAAAAUGUCUUGCAAUGAAACGUCCAAUAAAAUUGUGAUGUCUCUUUUCUUA